UCUAGAGGAAUGUUUCCUCGUUGCCCAUUUCAGUCAAUUUCAGCCGUCUUCCCCGCUGCCAGUUUCUGGGAUGGUCGUUAACUGAUUUGCCUGGAUUUGCCUAAGAGAUUCGUUGGUGGCUUCGCCGACCGAUUGUCAUUGAAGGUGAUUAAAGGCUGAAAGACCUAAGUACCAGUUUUUCGACUCGAACGGCCCUCGAUGUGUUUCUCGUUCGGGCUGGCUGAAGCAGUUAGUCUCCGUCAGUCUUGAUUCGCUCAUUCUCGCGAUCCUGUCUGGGGAUUCGUUGGCUAGGUCGUAGGUCAAUCAUUCCAGACAAACCCAGUAUUAUUGAAGAGACUCUACGGAUCGCUCUGGUGAGGUAUAUCCAUCACUUGAUCGGUGCGGAGCUGAUUUUUAAGUCUUUGAUCUACUAGCAGAGGUUCAAACGCUAACUACAAGCUCCACAGUGUACCCAACAUUUAAUCGAAUCGUGAGGCAAAGCAGAGGAGCCAAAUGUUUUGGUCACUGCGCGGCUUAUACGCUAAGCCGAUAGGUUCAUGGGAGGAGAAAUCCUAAGAGAGGAAUACCAGGAAAAGUGGAGUUCGGGCUGAAAUUAUUUGGAUAAGGGGAGUUGCGUAAGAGCUAGAUUAAAAUGGCUGAGAACCAGGGUAACUCUUCUGGUCAAGGAAACCAGGGUGGCAGCAGGUCAUUUAAUUUUCAACGUAUGGAUUUCCGAUCCAGUGGUGAUGUACAAAAUGAUAUGUCUGCGGAGAAACGACGACAGUUGAAGCUCAGCUUUCAGUCGCAAAGUGGCAGUCCACCGUGUACCAACUCGACAGAUUCGUCCUUAUCGUAUACGACGAGUUCAUCAGUUUGCCCACCACUUGCGGCAUCUCGUCCAAGCUUGCCUUUACCGUUGGCUAAGUUACCAGCCAGGCCUCGUCCCGUGACUCAACAGGAGUUCCUACCAGAUAAAGCAAGGGAAAAGCUACGUAUGUGCCAGUCGAUGCAGAGUACUGGCAAGCUGCAGCUGUCACCGGACACUGUGUAUGACUUUACCAGCGAAGAUCUCCAAGAUUUGGGCGAAAUAGGGAGAGGAGGUUUUGGUACUGUAAAUAAAAUGACGCACAGGAUAAGCAAUACUGUCAUGGCUGUGAAGCGAAUUCGCUCGACAGUUGACGAAAGGGAGCAAAAACAACUUCUGAUGGAUCUGGAAGUUGUGAUGAAGUCGAAUGAAUGUCCCUGCAUCGUCCAGUUUUAUGGGGCCCUGUUCAAAGAGGGUGACUGUUGGAUAUGCAUGGAGCUGAUGGACACAUCGUUGGACAAGUUCUACAAGUUCAUAUACGAAAGGCUAAACGAGAGGAUACCUGAGUGCAUUCUAGGUAAAAUUACCGUAGCCACCGUGAGGGCGUUAAAUUACCUGAAGGAGAAGCUGAGGAUCAUCCAUCGAGAUGUCAAACCUAGCAAUAUCCUGCUGGACCGACGUGGCAAUAUAAAGCUCUGUGAUUUCGGAAUCUCGGGCCAGUUGGUGGACUCUAUCGCACGGACUCGCGAUGCUGGCUGUAGACCUUACAUGGCCCCGGAGAGGAUCGACCCUCAAAGAGCAAGAGGGUACGACGUCCGGAGCGACGUCUGGUCUCUUGGCAUCACGCUGAUGGAAGUCGCGACUGGUUAUUUCCCAUACCCUAAGUGGAACUCGGUCUUCGAGCAGCUUUAUCAAGUAGUGCAAGGCGACCCGCCUCGUCUCUCGCCCAAUGACAACGGGAACCGAUUCACCAUGGACUUCGUCAACUUCGUCAACACCUGCUUGAUCAAGGAGGAGACCCAGCGGCCGAAGUACAACAAAUUGCUGGAGCAUCCGUUCAUAAGGCGAUCCGAGGAGGCCUCGAUCGACGUCGCGGCGUACAUCAGCAGCGUCCUGGACAGCAUGGCGAACAAUGGAGUCACGCCAUUCACCACCAAUCAACCUUAGGAGCGGAAUAGUCGUGUCGAUCAACGAUUCCCGGUCCUUGGCUCGUGUCUGGUCGCGUCAGUCGUCUCGGGGAAGAUCGUCGACCCUGGGAAACCUGCCGAAGGGGAAGCGUUCCUUAGGGGUCGCGACGUCCACGGAAAUACUCCAAGUAGAUAGUGCGGGAACUCGCUCGCGAUUAUUAAUGGCAAAGCGAGGGGGAGACGGAAGCGAAGGAAUCGUAGAGACGAGAGCGGACUACUUACUUACCUGUACUUUCCUAUUAUCGACUUUUUAUCGCAUCUCGCACCUUCAGCACGACUCCACCGUGUGAAUAGACACGAGGUACACAGAGGACUAUUAGUCGCAGACCGGAUGUUUCGCUCUAGUUUGACACGAAUUAGGAUCUACCUCUGCAUUUUUUACCGUCCCUUAAGGCGGUGCGAAAGUGGCGUCCGAGGGUUCCAUCGGUUAUGGACGCUUUUAUUCGGACUGCGUGUGCCGAAUUCUUCCAAAUUUUACCCCGGGACUGUGGGGCGAAAUUCAUUACGUCUCAUCCCUAAUGUUUAUCUGGCGAUUUUCAAGAAAUCCGGGCGUUUAGCUGCGGUUCAUUUUGCAGUAUUGUUGCUUGUGAAAACGUACCCUUACGCCGUGGCCCUCGAGCGUCACGGAACGGUCAAGAAGGAACUCGGAGAGCGAGGGAAGUCGCGUACUCAUUCGAGCCGAAAUUCGAGAUUUCGGAGUUUCCGUUUCGAUAAAGAUACAGCGCAGGGCCUAACGACCCCCAGACUACCGGAACUCGAAGCGGCAGACAUUUUUGUAUCUGGUUUGCGACGCUUGCGCGUAUUAACGAGCGUUAUGCAUUUUAAGGGGAUGCGAAAGUGGCAUCCAACUCGUUCGCGCAGCUUUUCUCCAAUUACGAUUUACAGAAUCGUCUUAAACCUUGCAACGUGAAUACGGAGACUGCAAGGAAGGUCCUGACGACCAUGAAAUAUCAUUUUUUUUUAUAAGUAAUUUUUUUUAACAUCUGUAAACAAAUGUAAUAAAAAUUGUAAUUCUACGAGUGUCAGGACCUUCCUUGCAGCCUCCGCAUUCACGUGGUAAAAUUUCCGACGAUCCGGUUAACCCAGCUCGAAGGAAAGUCUAAUAAACGAGACCUCUCCGACGCCACUUUCGCCCCACCUUAAGGCGUCACGAAAGAAUCAUUCUCAAUAUUAAUUUAAUGUUAAUCUUAAACUUUUCCCCAAACUGGGUGCACCGAAUCGUCGGGAACUUCCGCGCGUGAUCACGGAGAGAUUCAUAAAGGCCUUGAAAUUCCCUAAAAUUAAUUUCUCGAGAAAAAAAAAGAGACAUGUUCUUCGGGAAAAAUAAACAUUUUUUUUAUUAAUUAAGUUUCACUAGUAUCGCGCCCUUCCUCCGGGCCUCCGCAAUUAUGUGAUGAAGUCUAAAAUGAUUCGGUGCAUCCGGUUUCGAGAAAAGUGGGAUUUUGACGUUUUGGAGUAUUUAGAGCGAUCCUUUCGUACCGCCUUAAGGCGUCCACCUAGGUAGGCGGGCAAGUAGGCUUACACACUAGGAACCACUCCAAGCGAUAGGUCGUAUGUCGCACGGGGACCCGUAUAUGCGAAUGCGAGUACUUGCACGUGCGUACGCGUGCACGCUCGUGCCUUCACACAUGUACAUACGUGCAUACACAUCCGUGUACAUAUACAUACACAGCGUCGCCGCGGAUUCCGUCGUUCCCGUGACCGGCCGACCAGCGAGCGAGUCGGUACCGAAUUUGCCAAUUGUACAUAGGUCAUACGACGUGUUUCGUUUAAACGUUUCGCUCCCAAGUUACCGCGCGUAGGAGGAGGGAGGGAGGGCGGCGACAACUUGGUAAAGGUUGGUGGAAAGGCGAAGUACAAAGUACAAAGUACCUUGUUGUUGCGCGUUCCGGCGAUUUAAUUAGGGCAAGCUUGCACCGACGUCGAAGCACUGUAACCGAGAGGGUAAUAAAGUGACGGUAAACUGCAACGUUAAAA